UUGUUUACAUACUGGUCUCUCCCCUGUUAGGUUUACACAGCGAUUGCCAGGUCCUGCAUAGCAGAGCCAUACAAAGAAGUGUGCUUAUAGUAAAGCACACACAGCCAACAUAGUGAAACAGCACACAGUUAACCCUUUGAUUGCCCCAGAUGUUAACCCCUUCCUGCUCAGUGCUAUUAGUACAGUGUCAGUGUUUUUUUAUUAGCACUGAUCACUGUAUUGGUGUCAUUGGGGAUGUCAGUGACAUCAAGUCAGUUCCUCCCAGAUUCAGAAUGCCCGCCGCAAUCCCUCUAUAA